CCAGCUGGAUACAUGUGUGGUAAACAUUUGUUGGUUUCCUCUGUCGAUACAAAUUUAAUUGCUUGUUCGUUUGUGAUAUGUCUGUCAGUUUAGCUAUAUGAGCCGAUUUAAAUGGAGGUGUAAGCUCGCUUGGAGUGUGGAUGCGAUCGUGUGAAACGCCCAGAGUAAAUCCGCUUCUUCCCAUGUUAAUUUUUAGUUUAAACCUGUGCUCGUGGAGAUAGCAGUAAUUGAACUGUAUUGCAAAGGAUGCGUAAUAUUCAGCCCGCUUUUAUUUAUUUAAAUAAUACAAAUAGCGAGUAUUUCCAUAAAUAUCUUUAAAAAUGUUUAGAGUAAAUUAAGGUGCAGAUUAACAGAUCAAGAGACGGUUUAGUUGUUUUAAAUAUCUUGAACCUUUGUCUUGCUCAGUGACUUCUGUUAUCCCAGACUGUAUAAUUGAUAUGUCACUGUACUCUGUGGCUUUGGCUGCAUGUUUGAGUUCAUCUUAAUGAAGAAUGAAUUUGGAAUUGAUCAAAUGUCUCCCUGAUUGUGUUAUGUGAUGGAUUAGAAAUGUAGAUUCCUUUAGUUGUGCACACUACUAAACUACUCAGUAUGAUAGAUGAACUGCAGUUAUUAACUCAAAAUAUUAGAGGAAGAGUGCAACACUCUGCUAAAGCUGCUCAGUUUCCCCACAAUGUCAAUACCCUCCACUAUAUCUGCUUCACAACAGACAUCUAAUAUCAUAAAGCAUAAUCUCUUCGGCCAAGGUAAUUCAAUUACAGUUAAAUUUCAAAAACGUUUUUUUUCCCGAGGGGGCAAUUCAAGGCACAUAGAGUAGUUGUCAUCAAACAAGUGAGCUAAAUUCUGAUAAUUUAUAAAUAAGACUCAAAAGUAAACAUUAGAGUAAAGGAUAACAUUCAACUGUCUGCUUAUCUAUGCUAACCAAGUCCCGGUUUCAACACCAAUCAAUGUAAGUUUAAGUAUUUAUUUUAGCAAGUGUUUACAUAAGUUGCAAAUGUUUGAAGUAUAAGUUCAAUGAUGACCGAAAAUGAGAGCCAAUUUAAACUUCUAUGAAUAUUAUUUAAAAAAUCCUAAAGCUGUCACUCAUUCAUCUCAGAGAGUGUUGAUACUAAACAUAAGCCAUGUUAAUAGCAUGAUGUCAAUAUAUUACACAGGACUAUUGGUGAAUACAUGUUAAUUUCUUUGUUUAUUAGAAUAAUAACGAUAACUGAUUCAUAGGUGUUUGCUGUCAGUGAAGUGAGAGUGUUGCCUCGUUGAUUCGAAGUGAUGCGCCGGCUGUACGUUGGUGGGUUGAGCCACUCAGUCACCCAGAAGGAUCUGAAAGAUCGCUUUGGGAAGUUUGGAGACGUGCACGAUGUUGAGCUCAGGACCAGGAAAGAUGAGGAAGGGGUUCCUUACAAAACCUUCAGCUACAUUAACAUCGACAUUUCAGAAGCUGACCUGAAGAAAUGUAUGACAGUGCUGAACAAAUCCAAAUGGAAAGGAGGAACUCUGCAGAUUGAAGCAGCGAAGGAGAGUUUCUUGCACAGACUCGCUCAGGAGCGGCAGGCGGCGAUGGAGCAGUGUCUCCAGCAGCCUGCAGCUGAGGACAAGAGACAGAAGCUGCUGGACUCCCUGAGCAAAGCUGGUGUGGACAAUUUCACCAUGAAGGCUGCAGUGCCAGGGACUGAAGUACCAGGACACAAGGACUGGGUCGUCAGUAAAUUUGGACGAGUCCUUCCCACCCUGCAGCUCAGGUGUAAGAAAGGCAACAAAGCUCGAACCCUGAAGUACGACCCAUCUAAAUACAGCCACAACAUCCGCAAGCUGGACAAAACCACCACGGACUCAUCCACACCUGUCACUCAGCUCACAUGGGAGGUUCAGGGAGGGGAUGAUGACAUCAGCAAAAAGAGGCGAGGCGAGUUUCCUCCCUAUAAACCACCACCAAGACCAAAAAAGAGUCGGACAGAUAUGAUCAGCUCCCAUAAUGCUGUGAGCAGAGCCAGAUUAGAGCCGACCGUCAAAUCCAUCAAUCACACUGAGAAGCAGCCCUUCACCAAUGGGUUUGAACUGCACUCCAAGCACAGACCGGAUCUGAGGAAGUUUGCAUCUUUAAUCGAUAGUGAUGAUUCAGAUGAGGAGAUCCGCAGGAUGGUAGCGGCUCAGAACACCUCCCAUGAUGCACGGUAUCAGGAAGUGGAGGAUAAUCUAGAAGUGGUGGGAUUUGACUACCUGGGGAAGCUGGAACGUUCCUGUAAAAAGCAAAAAGGUAGGCCAGAUAAUGAGGACGAGGACGACUAUGAUUCUGCUGACACAGAUGAACUUUUUGCCUCCAAGAUAGUACCACCACCUCCUCCUCCACCUCCUUCUGAGACUCCAUUGAAGAAGAAACAGGUGCUGCCCACUGACAAACCGCAUUCAGAAAACAACACACACGGAAAGAAAAAGACGAGGAAGCAAAGUAAGGUUGGAGCAGAGGAGGCGGAAGAGGAGGAUUUAAGGAAACGUUCCUGCACACAGCAGAGAAGAGAUUCUGGUAAACAGAACUCUCAAAAACAAAGCGGCAGUUCUGGCAAACACAGUGAGAAGACGGCAGUCCAUUCCUCUUCUUCAGAGUCAGACCAUGAUGAGGUUGAUGAAAAUGAAGAAUUAGACUCGGCUGAUUCGUCUUCAGACUCUGAUUAUGACACAAUGUUUUCUAAUGUCACCCGUCUGGAGAUUUCCUUCACCGAUCUACAGAGACUAGCUGAACAAUCUCAACCAACAUCCGAACCAGCAGUUACCAGCAAUGUCAGCCCUGGCCCUGAAAAAGAAACUGGCCUUAUAGCUGGCUCUGCAAAACAACCGACCAAGAAAGGCAUCAUGCCAGAGGAGAUCCUUGCCUCCAUCAUGGAGGAUGACAGCAGUGAUGAUGACAAAAAGAAGAAGAAAAAGAGGAAAAGAAAAGAUGUGAUGUUAAUACAACUACCUGCAUUUUUGGGGACAAAUACACUGAACCAUGGAUUCGAAACAAUUGACAACAACCAGAGACUGAAAGAGGAGGAAAAUGAGGAGGCAAAAAUAAGUGUGAUCAAAAAACACAAGCUUGACUCUGAAGCUCCCCAAGUGGACAACACAAGCAGUGAGGAGGAGGAGGAGGUCGAGGUCGAGGACAAUCCUGCUGCUAAAAUGGUUCCAAAUAAAGCUCAUAUAAACACUGAGAAUGCUGAGACUAGUUCCUCUUCUAGCAGUGAUGAUGAUGAGGAAGAAGUGGAGACCUCCAGCUCCUCCUCUGAGGAAGACAAGGACAAGGUUAUCACUGUUGAAGAUGUUGGAAAAUUGGCAACUCCCGCUGCUCUUCACAGUGAGUCCAUCAGUGACGAGGACGAGGAGGACGAGGAGGAGGAGAAGGCUCCUUCCCGAGUAACUUUAGGAGCUAAGGAGGAGGCGGAGCUGCAGAGGAAGGCCAAUAUGAGGAGGCUAGCUGCCAUCCAGCAGAGACAGAAAGAGGCUGAAGAACACAAGCGGCUCAUCCAGGGAGCUUUAGCCAACCUAGAUACCCCGAAUCCAGGAACAGGGAAACGCAUAGUCUUUGGCUCUGAUGAUGAAGAAGAGCAGGAUGGUGAGGAUGAAAGUAAGCAGCAGAUUUCCCCAGAGGUCACGGUGUCGAAGAAGACCAUGUUCCACGACAGCCAAUCAGAAGAUGAGGCCACGGGCGAUGAGGAAUCUGCUGAUGAAAACAACACAGUGAAAGAGAAUGUUCAACGGAAGCGGUCGGCCUCUCGGUUGUUUGGUGGUAGUGACGAUGAGGAGGAUGGUGAUGGAGAGGAAGACGAUAGCAGGUUUGACAUCAGGCCACAGUUUGAAGGUCGAGCAGGUCAAAAGCUGAUGGAGCUGCAGUCUCGCUUUGGAACAGACGAGCGUUUUCGGAUGGAUUCUCGCUUCUUGGAAGAUGACGAGGGCAAAGAGGAAGAGUCAGAGAGGACGAAGAACAUGGCAGAUGAAGACGAGACUCUGGAGGAGGAGAGGAAGAAGAACCUGUCUAUUCUGCAGAGCGUCCUCGGCAGCGUCCAACAAACCUGCAGCAGCAAGACCACUGUCAAAGCCAAGACUUUUAGAGACGUCUCAGCACUGCACUAUGACCCUAGCAGAGAAGAACAUGCUGCAUUUGAGACCAAACCAGAAGAAACUAAGGAGAGCAAGUCUGCCAGGAGGAAGAAAAGGGAGGAGGCUCAGAAGCUUCCGGAGGUCACUAAAGAGAUUUAUUACGAUGUCUCUGGUGACCUGAAGGCUGUCUUUGGUCAGACAAAGGAUAAUGUCACAGAAGAAGAAGAAAACCCGAGCUGGGAUCAAGAAGAGGAGGAAAAAAGAGGAAAUAAUGAAGAGCCGAUUCUGCCUGUGAUUCAUGUCCCAGCUGAUCUCAGUGCAGAGAAACAGGAGUCUGGGUUUAAAUUCUCCUUCUUUGGAGAGGACGCAGAAACAGAAACUAGAGAGACAGAGUACAAGGUGGAGACCAUCCAAGCUCCGAAGGUGUCAUGGCAACAGGACCCACGUUUCCAAGACAGCAGUUCAGAAGAGGAUGACGAUGAGGAGGGGCAGGAGGAGGAUGAGGAGCAAAGCAGUGCUACACCUAAAACCACAGAAGAGGCAACUCCAUCAAAGACCAGUCUCUUCUUCUUUUUCCCAGAAGACAGCAGGCUGACAGAGGGCCCAAGGUUAUUCUGUCGUCCUUCUCAGCUGGAGGAGCAGAGGGAGCAGUGGGAGGAAAGGAGGAGCGAACUCAGACAGGAGUACCGUAAGAAACACAAGGAUGCCCGCAGAAAACUGAAGGCCUCCCUGAAGAGCUGAGGAUGAAGGGACAUGAAGGGACAUGUCCGUUUGGUCCAAGUGACAGAUUUUCUUCUCACUCUUGGUAAUAUUUUGUGCCACAGACUUUGAACAGGAGAGAGACCAAAUGUCGGUGAAACGUUGAGAUCAUCAAAAAUAUCAGAUUUAUUUUUUAUUUUAUUAAAUCCUGAGAUAUAUUUUGUAAUUUAAUAAUGUUUUGGACCUCCAGUGGAGAUACAGUGCGUCAUUAAAUUGUAGAUAUUUGGUGA